AUGGUCUCCGUCGCGCACCCGGUCUACUGCCUCCCCACAACGCCCGCAGUAAAGUGGCUCGCCACGCAGGAGCGCAAUCUCAGCAAGGAACUGCCCUACACCGACUCAGCCACAGAGGCGCCGGAGGAUUAUGUCUUGCGAACGUACCUCCAAUUCCUAUGGUUACCGCAGUCAAUCAUGCCGCUGCCUUUUCUCCUUCCAGCAAUGCUGCGUGUUGCCCAUGCAUCUGCCUCGACCUCCGACACACCCAUGACCCACCCCCUUCACUCGCUUCUGCAGCCUAUCCUAUUGACUUCGCGCGCGUCGUCCCAGAAGUACCACACCCGCAUCUCGCAGGUGCUCACCGAGGAAAACGACGCCGCGGACGCGGAGGAAGAGUACAUGUGGUCCGCAUACCACAAGGACAAGACGAGCGAUGCCGACAUCCCGGAGGGGCAGGACGAGGACGAGGCGCACGACGAGCGGCUCAAGCACGCGUGGCUGGAGAGGAUGGAGCGGCGCGAGGUCCAGAUCCAGAUCCUGCUCCAUUUCCUCCUUCUCACCCUGCCACGCCCCGGCGCCCCCUCGGCGGCGGCGGACGCCCCUCCAGAUCCCACCCACUCGCUCCCGCUGCCACCGCCGCUGUCGCCCUCGAAGUCUAAGAAACGCAAGCGUCGCGCGCGUGGGAAGCCGCAGGCGCCCCAGCCGCCCUCGCAGACGCUCGAGGAGCGCCUCGAGAGCUACAUGGACAAGCUCGCGAUGUGGCAGCUCAUGCGCUCCGUGGACAGCACGCUCGGGCGCGGGCGCGGGCACGCACAGUCAGCAAAGUCCGCGGCGAACGGCCUAGACGCCGCCACGGCCAAGGACGAGCGCGAUUGGAUGCAGGCGUUCUACGAGGACGUCGUCGAGCCGCUGUUCACGGGGAAAGUGCCAGAGCUCUGCGCGCUCUUCCGCUCGAAGCUCUUCCCGGACGCGGCGCAUUCCGACGCGGACACGGUCGAUCUCUCGCCGCCGGCGUCGCCCAAACCAGCGAGCAAGCGCCUCAAGGCGGCGGCUUCGUCUUCUGCUGCUGGCUCGUCGAAGGCGAAGUCAAAGGACGACGACGCGGCGCACCGCUCGCGAUCGCGCUCGUUAUCGGUCUCGCUCGAGCAGGAGCAGCGCGAGCGGUCGCGCUCCGUGAGCACCGCGCCUGGGGGCCUGCGGAGGCGCGCGAUCGUGCGCGAGGUCAGCAUGACCACCGUGUUUAAGGGCAAGGACCGCGCGAAGAGCAGAGGAGACCUCACGCGCACUGCGUCCAACCUCGGCCCCGGCCCUUCGCUCUCGCGCACGCAGAGCCAGACUCAACAGUCUGGGCUCGCAGCGAAGGAGAAGAGCGCGCAGGGCAACGUACUCGUCGCGGCGACCCCGACGAAGGCGCGAAUGGCCCCGCAACCCGCCAAGACUCAGACGCGUCUGCCCGCGCUCUUUGGCGGAUCCUCUUCACAGUCCCAGACGCAGUCGCAGAGGCAACCUCAGUCUCGCUUGGCGCGCGUAGACAGCCUCGACAUCGAUAUCGACGCGGACGAGGACGCCUUCGCCACGCCCACCAAGGCGCGUCCGCGGGUCCACGCCAGACCGAUCGCCCUCGAUGACGUAGCGGAAGACGCGGAGGACGAGUGGACGCUGAACAGCUCCCCGGACGUCCUCCUCCUCGGCGCCCCCGGGUCUCAAGGAUGGGACACGCCCGGUGCGACCACACCCC